ACCUUUAUGUAAACUGAGAUGCAUAAUAAAUAUUAAAGUGACAUGAAUUGAUGAUCAAAACCAUCCACAUUAACUGAGAUGUAAACUGAGAUGCAUAAUAACAAGUGGUGGACAUUGAAGCAUGCAUGCCAUUGAAUAAAUAUAUAUAGCCGCAAAAUUCACUCUAAGAAUCAACCAAAGCCUUCUCAAAAUCCGAUGGCUUCUCUUCCCACGUCUCUUCACUUUGUUUUGUUUCCACUAAUGACCCAAGGCCAUAUGAUACCCAUGGUCGACAUAGCCCGUUUACUAGCCGAACGCGGCUCCAUGGUUACCAUAAUCACGACUCCUAUUAAUGCUAACCGUUUCAAACCGGUCACUGAUCGGGCAAUCAAAGAUCAGCUCAAGAUUCAUAUUCUUGAACUCCAACUCCCAUUGACUGAAGUUGGUUUACCAGAAGGAUGUGAGAAUUUUGACUUGAUUUCAUCACAAAAACUCUUUUCGAAAUUGUUUAUGGCUGCCACUAUGUUAGAGGAACCCGCGGAAAUCAUGCUUCGGGGACUAACUCCAGCACCAAGUUGCAUCAUUUCUGAUAAUCUUUUCGCUUGGACAAACAAUAUAGCUCAAAAGUUUAAUAUUCCAAGGCUUGUUUUCCAUGGACCUGGAUGCUUCACGGUCCUAUGCAUGCAUAUUGCUAUGUAUACUAAAAUAUUACAUGACAUCGUCUCUGAUUCGGAGUAUUUUGUGCUGCCUGGCCUUCAAGAUCGCAUUGAACUUACCAUAAUGCAGGCUUGUAGUUGGGGCGGGAAAGAUGCGAAAGAAGCAGCGGCUUUUGUGGACGGAUUACUAAAGGCGGAGCAAGAUGCAAAUGGGAUUGUGGUUAAUAGUUUUCAGGAGUUGGAGCCUUACUAUGUUGAAGAACUUGCAAAGGUAAAAGGUAAAAAGGUUUGGUGUAUUGGUCCGGUUUCGCUAUGCAACAAAAGUUUCCUAGAUAUAGCCGAGAGAGGAAGCAAGGGAGGCAUCAACGAACAUGACUGUUUGAAAUGGUUAGAUUCAAGGGAGCCAGAGUCUGUAAUAUUUGUUUGUUUGGGAAGUUUGGCACGCGUUGCCACUGAACAAAACAUUGAACUUGGUUUGGGAUUGGAGUCAUCAAAGAAACCAUUUUUAUGGUGCAUAAGACAUUCGACGGACGAACUCGAAAGAUGGCUCAUAGAAGAAGGAUAUGAAGAAAGAGUGAAAGAUAGAGGGCUAAUAAUCCGUGGUUGGGCACCACAAGUAUUGAUUCUGUCACAUCAAGCUGUUGGAGGUUUCGUAACACAUUGCGGAUGGAACUCGACUCUUGAAGGGAUCUCAGCCGGAGUCCUUAUGAUUACAUGGCCACAUUUUGCAGACCAAUUUAUAAAUGAAAGAUUUAUAGUAGAUGUUUUGAAAAUUGGAGUGAAGAUUGGUAUGGAGGUUCCUGUUGUGGUUGGGGAUCAAGAUAAGUUUGGAGUGGUGGUGAACAAAGAAGACAUCGAAAGAUCGAUAGAAGAUUUAAUGGACGAAGGAGAGGAAGGUAAAGCAAGAAGAAAGAGAAGUAGAGAACUUCGGGAAAUGACUAAAAUGUCGAUGGAGGAUGGAGGUUCAUCUCACCUCAAUAUGACAUCAAUGAUUCAAGAUGUUGUUGAAUUGCUAAACAAAAACUUAGCUCCACCAAUUCAAGAUGGUAUUGUGUAAGAAUCGUAACUUCUUAGAUGUUGAAAGAUGUUAAGAUAUUGACCACUGUUCCAGCUAUGUAUUGUUGCCAAUGUUGUAUUACUGCUUUGAUACUAUGCAAGUUUGAAGGGCAAUUUUACUAAAUGUAUUGUUAAGAUGUUAUACAAGCCAUAUAUAUCCAUUUAUACAAU